UACUUGAACUUGAAUGUUUCCUUCACAGCGGAAUACAGUAUAAAUAGCGCUCCUCCUGUGAGCACCAGCAGUAACUAACGUCUCCUCUGACAGAGAGGUUGUUCAGGAUCUCAGCAUGUGGUCUCUGUGCAGGAACUUCAUUAGACCCGCUCUCUCCACAGGGGGCCUCCAGUCCCUCUGCAGGUCUGUGGUCGCCCCCCUAGUCAGCAGGAGCUACGGGACCCGCUUCAAUGUCCCCCCCAGCGCAGAGUUCGUGUCCCGGGUCUCGGGGAUCCCCACCAUGAACAAGCUGCCCCACCAGGAGAGCGCAGAGGGGCUGGACGCGGCCUUCAUCGGGGUCCCCAUCGACACCGGGACUUCCAACAGACCCGGGGCCAGGUUCGGGCCCCGGCAGAUCCGCGUGGAGUCGGCCAUGCUGCGCAGCUUCAACAGUGGAACCCGAGCGGCUCCGUACGACUCGCUUAUGGUGGCCGACAUCGGAGACGUGAACGUGAACCUGUACGACCUGAAGGACACGUGCACGCGCAUCAGAGAGUUCUACAGGAAGGUCCUGUCUGCGGGAUGCAUCCCCCUCACCAUGGGUGAGGAGUACUAUAUUAUAUCAUAUUUCUGUGGGUCCCUGAAGGCAGCAUCUCCCCCCUCCAAUGAGAGUCCUCCAU